UUUCUCCCUCCUCCCCUCUAUUUUCUCUCCCACUAACUACGUGGUGGUGGUGGAGAUUAAGGUUGUUUUGAGGUUAGAUCAUCAGGGUUCAGUUCUCCAGUGCAUGGCAGUGAGAUUGGUGUCGAAUGAGGUGUCGGACCUCUGCAUCGGGAAGCCGGCGGUGAGAUCGUUGCCGCCCUCCGCGGCCACCGUAGGUGACGUCCUCGCCGCCCUCAGGAGAGGUGACGCGCCCCACCUUGCUGUCCUCGUCGUCGAUCGGGCCGCGCCGGAGAAGAGGGCUGUCUCCGGCAAGCUUUGCGUCGCCGACGUCAUAUGCUUCCUCUGCUCCGACGGGAACCUUGCGUCGCCAGCCGUCGCGCUCGAGCGGCCCAUGUCCGCCCUCCUUCCCAAGGGCGGUGGUCUUGUCCGCCGUGUCGAGCCGCAGUUUAGCAUAUUGGAAGCCCUAGAUCUGAUCCUGGACGGAGCGCAGAGCUUGGUGGUUCCCAUCCGCCCGGUCGGGCGGAAGAAGAACAUCCACGGCGGCGCCGGCGGUGCGGUCGCUGAUUUCUGCUGGCUUACACAUGAGGACUUCGUCCGCUUCUUCCUCAACUCCAUCGCCCACUUCUCCCCCAUUCCUACCCUGUCCAUCGACGCCCUUGGCCUCGUCCGCUCCGCCGACGCCUUCACAGUCUGCCAUGACGAGCCCGGCCUCGCCCUCCUUCCUCUCGUCCGCCGAGCUCUCUCCGGCCAUACCGCAGUCGCCGUCGUCACCGAAGAUGGCCGACUGCUUGGCGAGAUCUCCCCGGCCUCUCUUUGCGCCUGCGACGAGACGAUCUCGGUGGCUGCCGGCAUCGCCACCCUCACCGUGGGCGACCUCAUGUCGUUCAUCGACUACUUUGGCUCCCCGUCUGACUCCCUUGUCCGCCUCAUCAAGUCCAGGCUAAAAGAGAAAGGCUUGAAGCAGAUGCUGGAGCUGAUGGAAGACGAGUUAUGCUCGCUAUCCAACUCCUCAACCUCGUCGUCCUCCUCCGAAGAUGAGCUGGGGGGGAAGCAGCUGAGGCGGCUGAGGUCGAGGUGCUUCUCCAUGGGUAGGCGGGCCGAGGAUCCGGAGGUCUGCCACCCGGGGAGCUCCCUGGUGGCGGCGAUGGUGCAGGCUCUGGCGCACCGCGUGAGCUACCUGUGGGUGGUCGACGAGGACGAUUACAGCCUCAUGGGGAUCGUGACCUUCGCCGACAUGCUGAGGGUGUUUAGGGAGCAGCUGCUGCCAUCUCCAUGAGAUCGGACUGCUCGAAUCAAUCAAAUGAAGGAGAUAACCAUCGCAGCUCUGUCUAUCUUGUUCCCUAUUUCGUCCCCUACUUCUGUCGAUUUUGUCGAUUAAGAAAGACUUGGUUUUGUAUGUUUGCAGUAAUAAAAACAUUUGCGUGUUGUGAUCUCAACUUCUUAUGCGA